AUGGAGAAUGAGAACCCAACCGACCACAAUAAUCUAUUAAUCGACAAGUGCAUGACACACAAGUACAACAACAUCACUUCUAAUCAAUUAAUGUUGAUAGCUUUUCCUUUUUCUCUUGCGGGGGCAGCUAAGCAGUGGCUUCAAGAGGAAGAACCCAACUCCAUUGCUACUUGGGAGGCUCUGAAAAAGGCAUUCUUGCAUCGAUACUACCCACCCGGAAAAACUUCAAAGUACCGAAAUGAAAUCUCUACUUUCAAGAAAAAAGACGGGGAAUCACUCUAUGAUGCGUGGGAGAGAUUCAAAAGUCUAAUCAGAAGGUGCCCACAUCACGGAUUACCAGAUUGGAUGGUUAUUGAGACAGUCUACAAUGCUUUGAGCCAUGAGAUCCAUACUUCUGUGGAUGCUGCUGCUGGGGGUAACUUCAUUAUGAAAACUCUGACCCAGGCCAAGAAAAUUCUUGAUGACAUGGCCUCAAAUUACCACUGGCGAGAACAAUCAACUCCAAGGCGAGGUGGCAGGUAUGAAGUGGAUGCUAUUGUUGCUUUGACUAAUAAUGUGCAAGCUUUGACAAGGAAGGUUGAGCAAAUGGAUGUAGCUGCAGUAAAUAAAGUCUGUGGUGCUUGUGGCUUAAAUGGGCAUUUUAGUGUUGAUUGCCAACUUCAAGCCGAAGGGGUUGCUGCUUUGGAACAAGUCAAAGCCAUCCAAAAUCAGAAUGCCAGACAACAAUACAACCCCUAUUCCAACACCUUCAACCCAAGAUGGAGGGAUCAUCCGAAUUUUUCCUACAAAAACAACAAUGCCCAGAAUCCCUCAUCCUCGUACAACAUACCAUUGGGUUUUCAACAAAGACCUCCCUUCCCACCUCAACAACAACAUCCACCGAAGUCCAACCUUGAGAGCUUGAUGGAGAACUUCAUGGCUACCCAAAGCAAGCAAAAUGAACACUUCAGCACCUCCAUUAAUCAGAUUUUGGCUCACAACAAAAUGAUCGAUACUCAGAUGGCUCAGAUGGCACAACAAUUGAGCAACUUGUCUAUGCAAAAGGGGCAACUUCCGGGAAACACAGAAAAGAACCCAACCACAUCUCCCCAUCAGCAACUCAAUGCAGUAACUACGAGGACCGGUAGGACACCUCAUGUUCUAGCCCCUAAGGUAAAGACUUCACCUAUUGUUGUUCAAGAUUCAGGAGCUAAUGAUGAUGUUUCUAAAGAAAAGAAGGAUGAGUUAGUCAAUUCAGACAAGCCCACAAUUGCUGGUCGAACUUACACACCACCAGUGUCAUUUCCUUCUAGAUUGGCACAAGCGAAGCUUGAGCAUAAAUAUGGAAAAUUGCUUCAAGUUUUGAGCAAGCUACAGAUCAACAUCCCCUUCUUAGAAGCCAUUAAGGAAAUGCCCUCUUAUGCUAAAUUCCUCAAGGACAUCAUUUCUAACAAACGCAAGCUAGCGGAGAGUGUGGUGGAAACUUUGAAUGGGCAAUGUAGCGCUAUUUUGGAAUGCAAGAUUCCUAAGAAACAAGCUGAUCCUGGUAGUUUACUAUCCCGCUGA